UUUCCCAUAUUUUAACCCACUCAUCUACUCCAACUGUCCAUCUAUUUAUUUAUAUAUUUAUAUACCAAUAUCCUUCACUUAGUUCUAUCAGCCUCCUCUUAUCUUCAUCAGCUCUUCAUUUCUUUCUCUGUUUUAAUUUCUCUUCUCUCAGAUGGCUGCUAGUUCGAUAAAUCCUCUGAUCAUGUGUAAAAUAAUUGGAGAUGUGGUGGAUCCAUUUGUGCCCACAACAGACAUGAAUGUCUACUAUGCAACCAAGCAUGUUACUAAUGCCUGCAUCAUCAAGCCUUCCAUGGCUUUCAAUCCCCCAACUGUCACCAUUUCUGGAUUGCCUAAUGAGCUGUACACCUUGGUCAUGACAGAUCCAGAUGCGCCAAGCCCUAGCGAGCCCUCCAUGAGAGAAUGGGUGCACUGGAUUGUGGCCAACAUUCCCGGAGGUACCAAUUCUUGUGAAGGAAAAGAGAUAGUGCCAUACAUGGAGCCAUGCCCACCUGUUGGAAUUCACCGUUAUAUUCUAAUACUAUUUAGACAGUCCAAAUAUAUUGACCAAACUAUUGAGAAGCCAAAUAUUAUAACCAGGGCCAACUUCAACACUAGAGCUUUCGCACAUCACCUAUGCUUGGGGGUUCCAGUUGCAACUGUUUACUUCAAUGCACAAAAGGAACCCUUCAACCAACGAAAGAAUGUCUAAGUUAUUUCAUCUUCUCCUUGAAUAAAUAUAUAUAUUAUCAUGCAUGAACCUAAUUACUAUAUAAAGACAUAUCUCUCUAUCUAUCUAUGAUCGAUCAAUCAAUCUAUCUAUACAUUUCCUUUUUGUCUUUUUAACAGUUUUGUGAUGUGCUUACUUAUUGGUAAAAUGUAGUACUCCUUCUCUUAUUCACUUUUCUUUUUCAACAUUCCAUAUAUUAUAUACCAUAUUUACCUUU